ACAUAAUAUACGUUUUUCCCCCCACAGAAAUUAGCAGAGUACGGAAAGACAUGUAUAACGACACAUUAAAUGGUAGUACGGAGAAGAGAAGUGCAGAAUUACCAGAUGCUGUGGGACCUAUUGUACAGUUACAAGAGAAACUAUAUGUGCCUGUAAAAGAAUAUCCAGAUUUUAACUUUGUUGGGAGAAUCCUUGGGCCCAGAGGACUAACAGCUAAACAGCUUGAGGCAGAAACAGGAUGCAAGAUAAUGGUCCGAGGGAAGGGCUCAAUGAGAGACAAAAAGAAGGUCUCCUUUAAGAGCAGAGACAACCAUGAUCCAGCAGUUUUGGAGGUAGAGGAAGAACAGAACCGAGGCAAGCCCAACUGGGAACAUCUGAAUGAAGAUUUGCAUGUACUUAUCACUGUGGAGGAUGCUCAAAACAGAGCAGAAAUAAAACUGAAGAGGGCUGUUGAAGAAGUGAAAAAGUUACUGAUACCUGCAGUAAGUAUUUGUAUAUACAAGUCUUUGAUUUACAUUUCCAGGAGUUAUUUCUGAAAAAUAAUUAAUGUUUUAGCAGUAAUAGAAAACCUACAGAGCAGUACCCUAAAGUAAAAUUUAGAUAUUAUUUUCUAAUACUGUAAUGAUUUUUAAAAGUCUCACCCCUGAUCAAUUUAUUCCUCAGAAUUAGAGUAAAUCUUUUAAAAGAUGUUAGUUUUUAUACCUGUUCAAGAUAAAUAUAUAGAAAAUUCUUGUAACCUUUGUAAAACCACGCUGAGCUGCUGCAAACAUUGGCUUUCUUACCUUCUUUCAAUAUAAGGAUGUUUUGCUUUAAGGCUUUGAAAGUAAGAUGUGUUUUUUGUUUGUUUGAGAUGAUUCUGAUACUUCAAGAAAAGAAGGCAUGUUUUCUCAGAUCACUGUAUUAAACACCUUCCAAAACUCCUCUGGAAUACAAUAUUACAACAUUGCCAUAACUGAUAGUAAGGAAAAAUAAAUAUUCUAAAGUUAGAAAAUGGGCUGUCUUCCUGAUUCCUUGAAAAUAUUAACUGCCUUCUGCCUAGCUGGAUGACUUUAACUUUUGAAAGUUAAAAAAGUUCAAAACCUUAAAAGGCUUUAACUUUUUUGGGGAACAGAGUUAUCAUUCUCAGGCCUGCUGUGUAUUCUCACUCAAGACAAGUUGACUCAGCAUGGCAGUAUAGUGCAUUCCAUGCAAGUUUCUUCCAUCUUGUGCUGAUUUUUUACCACCACUUUAGUGUCAUUUUAUCAUGAUAAAAAUAAACUGAAUCUUCUUAAUUGGAGGAAAUUUUUGCCUCAUGAGGAAAAUGAGUUCCUUGUGUGAAGGAGAGUGGUACUUGGUAUUAAAAUGACCAAAUGAUUUUGGAUGCUUGGUGAAUGUUAGUAGAGGCUGGCUGUAAGGAAGCUUGUGGUAAGCAGAAGCCAUAUUAAAAAAAAAAAAAAAUCAGAACACAUGUUUAGAAGUUACCGAAGGUCAGGAAAGAAUCUUAAUUUUUCAAUUAACAAAAUAGUCAUAUAUUAAAUAGGAAGUAUAACAUAGAUCACUUUGCAUGUUUUCAAUCUCUGAAAACAGAUACAACAAGAAAAAGUACAUCUUCAGAAUCUAUCUAUCCAUUUAUUGAUGGAUUUAUUGAUUAUCUACAACAUGUUAGGAUUGAUGUGAUAUAUACUUGUUUUUUGCUACAGCCUAGUGUGCCUGUUCAGUUCGUAUUGUAAUCAGCUGCACAAUCAAAUUCUGGGUUGAGGCAAUUUGAGGGUUGAAAAGUUCUGUUUUAGGAUAGAAAGAUGUGAAUUGAAAACUUACAUGAAAGAAAACAGAAACCUUUAAGUAAUCACACCAAACAGAAGGGGGAAGAAAUUCUAGCUAACUCUACGGUGGGGCAAAUUCUGGCUGUCGAAAGGUUCCAAAGAUUCUUUAAGAGAUAUGAAUAGAAAUCUGGAAAUUUAUUGAAUACUUGCAACUGUAUUGUUUUCCAAAAAAUGUCAGAUUAAAAUUGAUUCCAGAAAAAAAAAAUAAAAUAAAAAAGAUUUUUUUUUUCAUCCAACUGGGAUCAAAUUUGAGAUUAUGUGGGAGAUAAAACUAAUUCUCAUUCUUAUGAGAUUCUGUGAAUUGACAGUGUUUUCAUUUUCUAAGAUAUGUUUUAGAAAAGCAAGUUUGGGGUAGAUACGAUUUCUUCAAACAAGAAGAUUGAAAUUGUUAUGGUCAAUAUAUUAAAAAAAAACUAGUUCCAUUUUGUAGUGACAGUACAGAAAUAGGCAUAUUAAAACAGAUUUUCAUUUGAAGGUACUUGGGGGAAAUAAAGGCUUUUUCAGUAGUAAAAAGUAGUACUUCUCGUAUUUAAAAAUCUGAACUGAUACUGAUGUUUUUCCUUGUGGAUGUGAUUUUAUUAUUUCCCCUUUUCACAAUUUAUCUUAAGAAAUAAAAAGGAUAACUUGAGAUAAAUUGGCUGAAGAAGCCAUUUUUCUCCCUGACGAGAAAGGAGGAGAAAGGCCAAUGUUUUUAUUUUUUCCAAUAAAUUUACAUUUCUUUGGAAUGAAAAUUGAUACUUAUUUGCUAUACUUCAGGUUCUGUAAAAACUAAUUCUUUUCCUUUUUCCAUACUUCAGUGAGAUAUUGGUCAUUAUCUGUACCUGCAAGAUCUUACAGUAUUGCUUCUUUCAUGUUUUUCUCUAAAGAAAAACAGGAAGAAUAAAGCAGUUUGCACUCUUUGGGGAACACACUGACCUGUUCUGCCCUUAUGUCCUUUUCUAAAGUGGAUCCUACAGGUUAUCGAUCUUUCCUCUCCUCAUUUUUAGAGCUUUGAGUGUUUAUUUGUUAUUUGCGAGAGUUCAGUAAAGAUGGGUAGUUCUUUCAAAGGAUAGACAAAAGAUAGUCUGGUUUGUACAAUUCUAGAAAGUACAAAAAAAGUCAGAGUUGUGUCUUACAUAAGGGGACAGAUGUCAUACUUCAUCUGUGUAUCUGUGUAUAUUAUACUAUUAAAAAUGUAAAAUGAUUAUUUUGGGUACUGGGCAGUACAGCUAAGACCCUCUCCUUCAGAAUUAUUUUGUGUUCUAAGGUGCAUUGAAUAAACUAUACAGCUAGGCGACAACAUGAAGUGAUAGGUGAACAAUUGGCUGAGGGUUCAGGCUCAAAGAUUUUCAGUAAAUGGGGUUAUGUCAAGCUGGUGGCCAGUCACUAGUGGGGCUCCACAGGACUCAGCAGUGUGUCUUAGCAGCCCAAAGGGCCAACUGUACCCUGGGGUACGUCAGGCCCAGCACUGCCAGCCAGGCGAGGGAAGAGGUUUAUCCCACUGUGUUCUGUGCUGUGCAGCCUCACCUCCAGCACUGGGUGUAGGUACCACAAUAUAAGGAUGUAAAACUGUGCGCAUCCAAAGUAAUGUAUGCCAAAGGAAAUGAUUGUUCCACUCCACUCUGUGCUGGUGCAGCCUCACCUUGAGUACUGUGUGAAGUUUUGGGCACCGCAAUAUAAGAAAGUUAUGCAACUGUUAGUGUCCAGAGUAGUGCUGUGAAGGUGAUGAAGGGUCCAGAGGGCAACUAUGAGGAGAAAAUCUUGGUGUUGUCAGCCUGAAGGAGGAAUCUGAGUGGCUUCUACUUCACUAUUCUAAUUCAGUGUGGGAUUAGUGUAUAAGCUGUAGUUCUACUUAGUUGCUGUCUCUCAUCUUGUAUGAAGACAACUGCAGAACAGUGAGUGCUCCCUCUCAGACUGGUUACUUUACUUGCCACUAUUGUAAAAGUAUUUCAAACUUGUAAUGGGUAGGAAAGUCUGUUUAAUAGAAGGUUGUAUUGUUUUUUCAGUACAUUUGGCUGUUGCCAGUAAUAGAGAUUUUUAGACUUAUCAAUCUUGAACAUCGUUAAAUUUAGCAGUAUGGGGAAAAGUAUCUUUGUUAUUAAAUUUGGUAAUUCAUCCUGAGUAGUAGUAGAUGCUUAUGUUGUAGCUGAUAAAUUUAAAAAUGGUGUAAGGAAACAAUGCAAAAUAAAGCAGUAACUAGAACACGCUUUCCACACAAAGAAUAUUUGCAGUGUAAGUUCAUCAAGAGUAACAAAUGACUUAAUAAUAGAGAAAUUGGAAAUUAAUUGUAAUAGUCUUUGGGUCAUGUUUCAGAAAAACCUUGUGGAACUGCAAAGCCUCAAAUGCUAAAGCAGAAGUACCAAGCUGAGGUGAAGACUAAUGGAUUAAUUGCUGUUACUGUCCUUUAACAAUAUCAUAGUUGCUGACAUUACUGAAGCUUAUUUCCAGUAAGCUGUUUUGUAGGCUAAAUAAAUAGGCAUUAGUGGAACUGGGAAAUAAUGGAGUUAAAGCAUGCACUGUCUUUUAAACAUUUUCAUAAAAAACAGAAGAUAGCUAUGCUUAACAAAUAAUAGGGUAGUAUAAGAAAAAAAAUGUCAGAAUGAGAACAGCUGUGGAAGUAUGUGAAAAUUGCCCAAGAGGCUGAAGCAGUUGCUGAAAAUGAUUGAUUGAAUCUUCUUGAGUCAAGGUUUUACUAUUGGGUAAAUUUAUUUUGGCCUAAGGGGCUGAUAAGGUUUAAGUGCAAAGUACUACAAGAAAAGUGAAAAUAGGAGCAGGGAACAGAGUGCUUAGAAGGUGUGUUAACCAGGACAGUACAAUAAGAAAUGCUGGCUGUUUUCAGGGGGG